AUGAAUGGCCAUUCCUAUUUCUCAGGUUCUCGAUCUGGGACCGUGUGGCUGAGGAAUCAGAUGUCUCUGGCAGACUUCAUCCUUGAAGGGCUCUUUGAAGACUCCUUGACCCACCUUUUCCUUUUCUGCCUGACCAUGGUGGUCUUCCUUGUUGCACUGAAUGGCAACACCCUCAUCAUCAUCCUCAUCUGUGUGGAUCGUGGGCUUCACACACCCAUGUACUUCCUGCUUAGCCAGCUCUCCCUCAUGGACCUGAUGCAUAUCUGCACAACCAUCCCCAAGAUGGUUACCAACUACCUGUCUGGCAGGAAGUCCAUCUCCUUCCUGGGAUGUGCCACCCAGCACUUCCUCUAUUUGUCUCUGGGUGGUGCUGAGUGUCUUCUGCUAGCUCUCAUGUCCUAUGACAGGUAUGUUGCCAUCUGUCAUCCUCUGCGUUACACUGUGCUCAUGAGCAGGAAGGUGGCAGUGAUGAUGGCCCUCACAUCAUGGUUGGGGGCAUCUCUGAACUCCCUAAUUCACACUUUAAUCUUGAUGCACGUUCCUUUCUGUGGGACUCGGAAAAUACACCACUUCUACUGUGAGUAUCCAGCUGUUGUGAAGUUGGUAUGUGUUAACAUCACUGUCUAUGAGUCCACAGUGUACAUCAGCACCAUCGUACUUCUCCUCCUCCCCAUAAUCCUGGUUUCUACAUCCUAUGGCUUCAUCCUGCACAGUGUCAUUGAGAUGCAUUCAGCUGGGAGUAAGAGAAAUGUCUUUGCCACUUGCAGCUCCCACCUCAUUGUGGUGUCUCUCUGGUUUGGUACCUGCAUCUUCUCAUGCAUGAGGCCCAGGUCCCAGUGCACUCCACGGCAAGACAAAGUUGGUUCUGUGUUAUAUAGCAUCAUUAAUCCCACUCUGAAUCCUCUGAUUUAUGCUUUCUGGAAUAAUGAUGUAGCUAAGGCUCUGAGGAGAGUGUUAGGGAUACAGAUCACCCAGUGA